UCACCGCACAACAUGAGUUCCUCCCGCAAGCGCAAGGCUUCCGAAGAGCCCGACAACGACCGCAUGUCGACUUCGCCCUCAGCCUCGCCUUCAAUACCCGGACGAACUCUGCCGCAAGCCCGCAGCAUAAAGAGAACCAGGACGGGAGCAGCACAAGGCCGCCCGCUUGCUCUGCCACGCCUGCUCGAGACACUGUCAGCCGAUCAGAUGCGUCAACUUCUACAAAAUGUCUGCGAUCAACACCCGGAAUUACAGCACGAGAUCGUCACCAAAGCACCGCGGCCCUCCGUCGAGUCCACGCUGCAAGUCCUCAGCAAAUAUGAAAACGCCUUCCGGCAAUCUUUCCCGCUCGGCAACCGCCCCACUUCAGAUUACGCAUUCAACCGGGUACGGCAGCAUUUAUCGCAGCUGAUAGAUGCUGUACGAGAAUACACACCUCACUUCCUGCCGCCCCAUGAGACGCAAGAUGGUCCUUCUCUCGCCUAUCUCGACUCAGUCACCGAAAUGAUCCAUCGCCUACCAGACUGGGAUACCUUCCAAUAUCAACGACACAAAAACGAAGCUUACGAUGAAAUUGCAAAGGCUUGGGCUUUGGUCAUCCGAGAAGCAGCGAAGCGUGCCGGCGGCUUCCAUCUACAGUUCGGCGGCUGGGACCGGAAGCUGGUGGAGCACAACCAGAGAAGUGGCGGCAAGAUGGAAGAGGCCGUCAACGAGCUGAAGGCAGCUCUAGGCUUCAUUCAAGCCGGAGCAAGCACGGCUCCCGCCACACCAGGCAUCAGCGAAGAGCGCGCAAGCAUACGGCAACAAUUGUUCGGAGGCACUUACGGCCAGCCGACACCACCAUCUCAAUUAGGAAUCGGUCAGCACAGCGGAUGGUAGCAUCAUCAUGGCAUUGAAACCGGCACUGCAGACAUGGGAUGGGAUAUUUGAUUUGCAGCGUUUCAUCGUGAGCGUUACGUUCUUGCAGGGUGGAGUUGAGCAUACAAUGGGACAUCCGGUGUCGACUUUGCGCGUGGAGCUUGGGAUGGCUACAGAGGGCUACGUAAUUUCGGCGUUGGGAGCUUGGUGACUUCUGCAUACGGAGGGAUACACUGUCAUUUUGUUUUCAAGACGAUGAGCCCGAGAAGUGGCCUAUAUGAACGAAAGAAGGCACGCGCAUGGCGUGGCCGACUGAUAUCCAGGUAAUCCCUGAUUGACUGAUCUACUGAUCGAAGAAUGAGAUUCUUUUCUUGUGUG